AGGGACAACAACAACCCUCAACCACCCCAGCCAAACCGCAGCCCGGGAGGAAGCAAAAGAAAAAAAAAAGGGAAGGAAAGGAAACAGAACAAAACAUCUCAAGGGAUUAAUUAUCCCUCGAAUAAAACCCUCAACAAUGUCCGCAAAUGGCGUUGGCUCGGACGCUGAAUUCGACCCAUUUAAUGACGCGGAGGAGCUUAGGGCACUCACUUCUGCUCUUUCUUCAUUCCAGUAGCCCCCCUCCCCGUUCCUUCCUCCCCUCCUCUUCGUGACCAUUCCCAAUUGACUGUCCGGAAACCAGCCUCUACCGCCGUGCCGCUCACCAAAACCUAACCCACCAUCGCCGAACUUCCUUCUUCGCCCUCUCCCUCGCACACCAAGCACUCCUCAACAAAUCACCCAUCAAUUACCUCCCCACCCUGGAUAAGGUCGACCACGCAAUCGAAGACAAUGCAGUCCUCAGCGAGGCCAUAUUCCGCUCUGCGGUGGAUGCAUUCGAGAUCGAUCUCGGGGCUACCGGCGGUGGGUUCAAGGCCUGGGGGAAUAGUGCGAGUGACGGAGAUUUGGAUAAGGUGCGGAGCACGAUUAAGCAGUUUUAUCGUGAUUGGAGUGAUGAAGGGAGGGUGGAGAGGGAGGCUUGCUACGGGGGGGUUAUGAAGGAGCUGGAGGAGAGGUUUGGGGAGGUGGAGGAUAAGUAUGGCUCUUUAAAUAUUUAUAUUAGGGCGAUAGGUAGCUAAUGGUCCGAUCGCAGGUCGACCGUCAGAGUCCUCAUCCCAGGGGCUGGCUUGGGCAGACUUGCCUUCGACAUCGCUGUCGCAGGUUCAUCCCCCACCCAAUCCUCUCUCCCGUACCACCUCACCUCGUCCCAACUAACACCCAAAUCCAGGCUACACUUCCCAAGGCAAUGAAUUCUCCUACCACCAGCUAAUGGCCAGCAACUACAUCCUAAACCACACCACCGCCGCAAACCAACACACCCUCCACCCCUUCAUCUCAACCUUCAGCAACCACCCCACCCGCCCCUCUCACCUCCGCGGCAUCCAAAUCCCAGACGUCCACCCCGGGAGCCUCCUCGAGCUCAUGGGCUCCGACAGAUUCAGCAUGACAGCAGGUGACUUCCGCCAGGCCUACAAAGACCUCCACCCAUCCCAAAAAUUCGACGUCUGCGCCACCGUAUUCUUCAUCGACACCGCGCCGAAUCUGAUCUCCUAUAUUGAGACCAUCAAGCACUUACUCGUCGACGACGGGGUCUGGGUGAACUUCGGCCCGCUGCUCUGGCACUUUGAAGAGCACGCCCAGGAGGAGCAGACGAGCAGGAAUGGCGGGGAGGGUGAGGACGUCGGAGCUGCAGGAAAGUUCGAGCUGUGUCUCGACGAAGUCCUUGCGCUAGUCGAGAUGUGCGGGUUUAAGCUGGAGAAGGUGGUCACGGGGGCCAAGACCGGGUACGUGGGUGACGAGAAGAGCAUGCUAAGGCAUGAGUAUGAGGGCGUGUUUUGGGUUGCCGUUAAGGCCUAAGAGUAGCUAGGGCACCGGUACAUACUCGAGUAUAUAUAUAUGAUACACACCGAUUACAGGACACCUGCCGCACAUGUAUCAUACAGAGACGGUAGGGUAAGAUGUUUGCUCCUGCGGGCCAUUCUUCUGUCUUUCUCUCAUUCCUCCUUUUGUUGCUCUUCCUAUACCAACUUGUGUUCGAUUGUUUUACGUGUUUACUAACCUGUUCAUGUACUUCAACUUUAUCCCCCCCCUGCACUCCAUUCAUGUCUCGCCCCUGUGUAUCGGGGGGGGGGUUUGCCUUUCUGUCUUUUCUAUCUUGUUUCAAAGGUUUAUUUGGUUUCUUUAUCAUAGAGGCGUUGCCGGCGGUUUAUAGAAUCUGGAUCAUGAUUGACGGCAUAAACUUAUACCCUAUAGCACCGUACCCAUGUUCUCGCAUAUGCUUUUGAUGGCUCUUACAUGGCUCAGAAAUUCAUUGUUCCAUUAAAAAAAAAAAAUCGAAUCAAUUCAUCUCUGAUACCGAUAGUGUAUUCACGAUGCCACACGCUACAAGAUGGCAACAAAAGGCCCCCGUGAAAGCCGUCAAACGGGCACUCAUCUCAAUAACUCCCACUCCUAUGCAUUGAAUAAAAAUAUCUUCCAGUUACAAGUAAACGUGCUGAGAACACCAUGACAAAGUGGAAAGAAAAAAAAAAACACCCCCCGAAACCUCCAUAGUAUUAUAAUGUAUCACAC